GAUCGGGACUUGCGGAGUUAUGGGAACUGUCAGCACCAUGGCUUGCAUCACGGCCGCUCUGGGAUUGAUCCCUCCACAAGGUGCCUCGGCUCCUGCUGUGUCUGCUGCCAGGCUUCAGAUUGCUGAACAGACUGGUGCCAAUGCGGUUGCUGCUGCUCAGUCUCAUAUGGUACCACAGACUAUUCUACCGGCAGGAUCAUUCUAUAAUGCUGCAACUCUCCUCCAAGCCAUUGGAGGUUCUACAAACGCCAUGGUCCAUCUGAUGGCUAUCAUCAACCGCCACCCAGAUCCCAAAGGGUCAAUAAAUUUGGAAACACUGGACGACAUUGGACGUCGCACUCCACUCCUGGUUGACUUGAAGCCAAGCGGCGACAACUACAUGACCGAUUUCCACAACGCAGGUGGAAUGCUUUGUCUUUUACACCGGCAAAAGCCACUCCUCCAUUUGUCUGCAAACUGUCUCAGGAGAAACCCUUGGGGAGGUUCUUGAACGCAGCUCCUUUCGCGACUUUGAGUACUCGCGGAGUAUAAUUCGCACUUUAUCAAACCCUCUCCAUCCAUCAUCUUCCCUGGCUGUUUUAGAGGGCAACAUCGCCGCAAAUGGGGCAGUCAUCAAGGCCUCUGCUUCUAAAGAAAAACGGCUUCUCUGCCAUUCUGGCCCAGCAGGAGUAUU